CUGCGGGGCUGCUGCUGCCGCUGCUGCUGCUCGGUGUCAGCUCUCAGGAUGAUGGGAAUCCUGCAAAACCAGAACAAAACCCGACCAUCAUGACCACAGAAGCCACCACGACCAAAGAAACCGCCAAGGCAACAGAAACCACCACGACAAUCACGCCUUCAAGUGCUAAAGAAACCUCACCAACUGCCCCUGCAUCAUCACCUUCCACAGUCCAAACCACCACCACCACCACCACCACCACCACCACCACUCAGCACGCUGUGAUAUCAACCACCACAGCUCAAAGCACCACCACCACAGCUCAAAGCACCACCACCACCAGCCCGGGAACGUCGCCGUCCCCCAUUGCGGUGACAGGGGCCACCCCCAUAACCACCCCAGCCCACACGUCUGUGCAGGACAGCUCCUCACACGGCCCCACUACCCCCAAAACCACCUCUGCUGCAAGCCCCACUGUUUCCCAGCAGCACAAUGGUACAACAGCCAGUUUGGGAAGUUUGGGGAGCACUGCUGCUGCAAAACCUGUUGUCACUAAUGCAGCCGGUCCUCCAGGAGCUGUAGGGGCUGUUGACACAUCCGCUCCUGGCACACAGCCUCAGGGAAACCAGCCUUUGGAUCAUUUGCCUAACACCACUGUGAGCACCACAGUGCUGAGGACUGACCCUCCCCAAAGCUCCAAGGAGUGCACAUUCCCUCCUCCGCAGUGUGCCACCAAGCAGCCUCCUUCUUCUUCCAGUUCUCCAGUCCAGGGACCAAUCCCUUCCACCAGUCCUGGAAGCACCAACGCUUCUGUUACCUCUCUGGUUGGAUCCCUAUCCCUCAUCACCACUCCGACAUCACGACCUGGCAGCAAAGACACAGCCCCCACAACAGCUCCUGGGGCAGACCAGAGUACCCACGAUGCUAGAUCUGCAUCAACCAAACCCACCAGUGCUUCCCAGAGCCCUGACAGUGCCCAGCCACCGGCUCCAGCCUCGGGGGACCAGACAGACCAGACAGAGAGCUGCAGUUCUGGCCACCAGCACCCCAACGUUUCUUUCCCAAACAAGCUCAUCUGUGAAGUCCAGGUGCAACAUACCAGGCCCACCAUUCAGCUGAAAGAACCCAGAACUUGUGAUGAAUGGAGGACUGCCAGCAACAACAACUCCUUCUUUGAGAGCUUCUGCUCCACGGCCCAGCGCGUGUUUGACGCCAGCAGGGACUCGUGUACAGUGAUGCUGAUGGCCUGCAAGCCCAGCUCCCACCACUGGGCCGUGCAGGUGGUACUGCACCUUCCCUUGGAGUCUGAAGAAGUCCUCACAGAGCUGAAGGAGAAAAAGGACAAGUUAGAGGAGCUCGGCAUCGUCAACAUCACCUCUGACAAAAUGGUGGAGGACAUGACCAUCAACGACGAGUUCAGCACCCCCCUGAUCAUCACCAUCAUCACCCUGGCCGGCUCCCUGCUGCUCAUCGCUGCCAUCUAUGGCUGCCACCAGCGCUUCUCCCAAAAGAAGGACCAGAACAUCCACCCUGAUGUCCCCGGGUUUGAUGAUGGACAUGUGGCCCUGAUCUUUAAUCAGCGCCUGACUGAGGAGAUGCAGACCAUGGAGAACGGCUACCAUGACAACCCCACGCUGGAGGUGAUGGAGACCUCCUCCGAAAUGCAGGAGAAGAAGGUGAACCUCAACGGUGAGCUGGGGGACAGCUGGAUCGUUCCUCUGGACACCCUCAUGAAGGAGGACCUAGAGGAAGAGGAGGACACGCAUUUAUAGGAUGCAGAACUUGAUCAAGAGAAAAACAACCACCCCCCAAAAAUCCCAUAAACCUUACACACAUGCACACAGAGCUCCAAAAUAAGGCAAAAUUCUCCCCAUAAAGCAGAAAAUUCUUUCAUUAACUAAUCAUGGCCCCUUGUGCCACCGCAUGGGGUGCAGGAUGGAAGAGGAAAGGACAUGAGAAGACACCUCUGGGGCAUAUCAACACAAGCCACAUCUGGCUAAGCAUCCUCCAUCCCCCAUCCACCUCCCAGGCCUGACCUGACCACCCUGUGGGCAAACAGAUUGGCUUUGCUCCUGAAGAGCUGCUGGUAACUCCUCCAAGCAUGUCCCCUCCCAUCCCACAUUCGACCACGCCAGCUGCACCCUCCAGCUACUGAGUGACUCAAAAAUCAAGAGAAAUAAAGUAAAUAGGAUGGGAGAUGGAGCACAUCUGACAGCAAAGCAGCACUUGGCAAUUACAGCUCCAGAAAUGCUCUGGCCCACAAUGUUUAGUCAUCACCCUUCCCUCCCUGACACUCAGGUAAUGCAUGAAAAAAGCUGGAACAGCCUGUUUCUUUUUAAUCCAGUUUCCAUGCUCUCCUCAGAGCUGAAACACACAAGAGUCCCUUGUUGUGCCAUAGGCAAAUGGAUGCAUCCCAGCAGAACGGCAGGGACGCAGGCAGCAGUGCCGAGUGAUGCUCAGCCCUGCUGCCAAGGGCUGUGCAACAGAACCUGAACCCACAUGGAGACAGAGAGAGGUGCAGCAGCUUCUUGUUUUGAAAGGAUGAGGUGGAGGGAGAGGAAAAGGAGGAAUUCCUCGAGUUCAUUUCUCUUAGGAAGGGUGUGGAGAGCAAGAGCAAUGCCUGGUCUCUAGCCCAAGUAUGACACUGGGGGUUUUGUGGUGCAGGAGCCCAGCUCUGGUACUUCAUUUCCCUACAGAAGGAUCACUUGCCUUCCAGGAAUUAUACAGCAACAUCUCACAGCCCUCAUCCAUCCUCCACGAGACUGUGGGACACAUGCACCACAAUGGUUUGUGAUUUUUGAGGGCACAUUUUUCGGCGUGAGCAGAAGAGGUAGAAGAGCAGCAGAAUGUGAGCCAGGGAGCUUGAUGGCAUUCAGGUGUCCCUUGGUGUUUCAUCCCUUCGAGGUUUAAAAGCUCAGCCCAUGCUCUCAUGCUCUUCUUCACAAGCCACUAAAAUAACAGAGAUCUGAAAAGCAACUUCCAGCUCAGCAGCAAAGCUGGGACUGAGCUUUGUCCUGCAGCCCUUGGUUUGUCACCCAAGGUCUCCUUUUGCUGAAGCCUUUAAACGGGAGAAAAAAAUCAUGGCUGAACUGAGGCCAUUACUGGAUUUUGAUUCCCCACCACAGCUCCUAAAUGUCUCUAAAAGGUUGAGGAGAGUUUCAUGCCUUUGCUCUGGUGAAGCAGCUCAGUCCUGGCAGAGGCAGGGAUCAUUCUCCAGCUGGGCUCCAUCCUCCAGCACAUGAGGACCAGAAGGUCAGUUGGCUGAGUCCCUCUCCCAGCGUGAGGAUGGUAUUUGUCCCAAACCCUCUGCAAGCCAGAGGAGCUGCAGAUAAGAGUGGUGCCCAAACAUGGCCCUUCUCCUCUGCUUGCUGUAAACCAAGGCACAAUGGGGAAAUUCUCCUCUGCCACCAAGUCAGCCUGACUGGGAGCUGCUCCCAUGGCUGCCCUGAAUGAGGGGAAAAGCAGAGCCAAGCAAUGGCAAGCCUGGAGAAACCCUGGUGGAGUUGGGAGUACUCAGGAAGGAGGGGGUCAGGGUGUUUUGCUCAGUCCCAGGACAGGUGCUGACAGAAAAUAGAAGUGGCUCUUCCCCCUUCUGUCCUGCACUGAAGGGCAGAGUCUGAAGUGUUUGAACCUUUAUAUUUUUGUAUGUAAAUAUUCCUGCUAUUCAUUAGCAAUGUAUUCUGCACACUUCACUUACCUGUGCACUGCACUAUGGGGAAGUAAUUCUGGAGGGGAGGGGAAAUAACAGAAUAAAUAAAUAAAUAAAUAAAACCUUAAAAUCUUAAAAAGAAAAAAAAAAAAAAGAAAAAAAAAGAAAGAAAAAGCUAAAGGCCAGCCUGGUAGGGGAUUAAAAUUUGACAUUAAGCAGAAAAACACCUGUUGCCCAGGUAACUUUGUGCCACAGCUUUGUCCAUGUUCUGGCAGCAUCAAGUUCAGCUCUUUAACGUGGCCACGAGUCUCAGAGAAUGAGCUCGGCAUCCAGAAUUGCUCUUGUGAGCAUUGUGGCCUCCCAGCUGCCCUGACAGACAAGCAGCAGGUCCAUGACCUCACAUUUCUGUCCUUCACAGAAAACAAACACAGUGAAACUAGGGCAGGAGCAAUAAUGCAGCCACCAGGGCUGGAGUUGCCACAAGGACACUUUUGGCAGGGCAUCUCCAGGCAUCGGGCUUAUGCUUUUGCCCUUAUGCUUUGGUAUAUGCCUAAAGAUUCCCCCUUCCCAGCAAAGAGAUGCCAAAGUGCUUUAAUGAGGUCCAAAGACUUUCCAAGAGAACCCUACAGAGGCUUGAGAUUAAGUAACCUUAAAUCUUUCCAAGCAGAGACCAGUGAGGAUAUUAACUGCUCAGCAAGUGCUUAUAGUGAUUUAUAUUUGAAUAGGAAUUGUACAUUUAUUUAUUUUUCCAGACACCGUAUUUUUAAACCACUAAUAUUUUAUAGUAGAUUUUCCUUCCCCUAUUUAAAAUAACUAUUUCCACAGGGAAAGAAAACAGUACUUUUUUUUUUAAUGUUGAGAACAUUCUUUUUUGGAAAAAAAAAUCAGGUAGGAAAUGCAGCAAUGAGCAUCUUUGGCCUUAACCCUUCCCUUCGGAGACUGUAGCCAUAAUUGUUAGACCAAAAAUAAUAAAUUUGUAAAAAAAAUUUCCGAGGCAUUUCCUUCUUCCUUGCCCCUCCUCCCUUCUCUGCACUCCCCUACCCCAAAACAGCUUUAACAUCUCACACAUUGUACAAAGAGAUUCCUGCUCUUACCUU